AUGGCGUCGCUAAACUUAUCAAUUAACGGCCCGUCCAUUAAGAGCAGCUACAAUGGAGUCAUCAACGGGCCGGCACCCUCGACCGACUCUCCCACCCACGCCCAGUGGGCUCUCUUCACCGUACAGGCACCAUUGCAGAACGCCUUCCAAGACAGCGGAGCUAAGGAGAGCAUUCUAAAAGUGCAAGGCACCGGAGAUGGAGAAUUGUCCGACUUAAUCGAGGACUUCAGCGAAGGUCGUGUCCAGUAUGCCUUCGUCAAGGUGAAAGACCCCAACUCCGGCCUCCCCAAAUAUAUCCUCAUCGCCUGGUGCGGCGGCGGCGUACCUGAACGUACCAAGGGAUACUUCACAAGCCACACCGCUGCAGUCUCAAAGAUCUUGCAUGGAUACCAUGUGCAGAUUACCGCUCGUUCCGAAAGCGACUUGGAGCCCCAGACCGUCAUGGAGAAGGUCGCCAAUGCCUCUGGUGCCAAAUACUCUGCUGGCUCAUCAAUUGGCGCCCCGGCCCCCCGCCCCCCCGUAAAGUCGAAGCCCGUAUUUACUCCAACCACUUAUAGCGCCGGCCGAGUUGAUCCCAUCGUCGCCGCCCGAACGAAGCAAGAUAGCAACGUGGACGCAGAUGGCUGGGGCGCAGAUGCUCCUCCCGUUUCCAGAUCUCAGAUCGAGAAGGUCGAUUCCGCUUACAAACCCACCAAGGUCAACAUGGCGGAGCUCACCAAGCAGAAGCCCGAACCCUCCCGUUUCUCUGCCGCGCCAGCCAAGCCCGAAUCUUCCUCUGAUGUGGUUGGGGGUGGUUACCAGCCCAUUGGAAAGGUUGAUAUCGCUGCUAUCCGAGCGCAGGCCAAGGAGAAGAACGACGACAGACCUACUCCUGUCAAGGGCGCAUACGAGCCUGUAGGCAAGGUCGAUAUUGCUGCCAUCCGGGCCAGGGCACAGAAGCCUGCGAAUGAAGAACCGGAACCGGUCGAGGAGGAGUCUAAGCCUCUCUCCGAGAGGGCCGCUGCUUUCAGUCAACCCCCGGCCUCCGAGCGACUCACAACUCUUCCCAAGCCCAAGGUUGCCAACAAGUUUGUAGGUAGUUCCAGCUUCACCGGGACUAAGCCACCGACCGGAGGUCUGGGCUUCGGCGGGCCGUCAGUUCCUUCCGCCGCGCCUGUUGGUGCCGCCAGCCGUACCUUUGCCGACCAAGGUGGAAAGACGCCAGCCCAACUCUGGGCCGAGAAGAAGGCCAAGGAGCGAGGGUCGGAUGUGGGAAGUAUCAGUUCGCCACCUCCUACCGCGUCACCUGUUGAGCCUCAGACCAGCGGAGGAGGAUGGAAGAGCGGGUAUACCGGAAAGAGCUGGGCUCCAGUUCACACCUCAUCCCAGUUCGGCCGACCCAACGAAGCUAUUGGUCAACAGACGACCGGGGAGCAAGAUAGGUCCUUCGAAGAAGAGACACCUGCUUCAUCUGGCGGAGUUGCGGCAUUGAAGGAUCGAUUCAAGGGCACGGCACCCAUCUCUGCUGGAUCUGUGCCUCAGAUCUCGCGAGCUGCUGAAGAGGACUAUGAUGAUGCCCCACCGCGUCUCCCCGAGAGCUCUCGACCUUCGGGAGGCUUUGCUCUUCCUGGCCUUCCUAGCAGGCCUGCGCCGGCAGAUGAACAGGAGGAGGAGCAGGAAGAUCCUUCGGCCUAUGAGCCUGAAAGAGAGUCUUCUCCCGUACGCAUUGCCGUUCCGGUCUCGGCCUCUCGCCCAGUUGUUGAACCACCGGAGGCGCGAGCACCACCCGCUAUCCCGGCAGCAGAUAUCGAUGUGCCCGACGAGGACGAGCUUCCUGACGAACAGGAGCAGACACGCGCUGCGCGAGGUGCUGCCACGGCCGUCGCUGAGCAAGAGUUUGAGCCUGAGCAGAUUGCAGCUGGCCAGAGCUCCCAGGGUGGCUACCGCGCAGUUGUCCAGUACGACUACGAAAAGGCUGAAGAGAAUGAGAUUGAGCUUAUUGAAGGCCAGAUCGUCACCGAUAUCGAUAUGGUUGAUGACGACUGGUGGCUAGGAACCAACUCCAAGGGCGAGCGAGGCCUGUUCCCCAGCAAUUAUGUCGAGAUCACAGAGGAACCAUCUGGAGGUUCUGCUCCUGUUGCCCCCGCCGCCGUCGAGGAGACUGCUCCUCCUCCGCCUCCUCCGGCAGCAUCGCGCCCGGCUGCCGCCGGCCCCACGGCAACCGCUCUGUACGAUUAUGAGGCCGCUGAAGAUAACGAAAUCAGCUUCCCCGAGGACGCCAAGAUCACGAACCUGGAGUUCCCCGACGAGGACUGGUGGGCUGGCGAGUACAAUGGCAAGAAGGGUCUUUUCCCUGCCAACUACGUACAGCUCGACUCAUAA